AUGCCCACCACCAGUUGUGCUGUCCAGCCAUCUUUCCUGCUCAGGUCUGCCCCCGAAAGCAGCCCGCCACAUACACUUGGACCAAACCAGUCCUACACUGUCACCACCGCCCUGUCUACCAGCACGGAGCUCUACAUGCAAACCCUGUGCCCCAGCUACACCAUGCUUACCUACACCCACACUCCUCUGCUCACCAACUUUGGGACAGUAGCUCCAGUGCCCACUCAUCUGCCGCAGAUGGACUCAGACUGUAGCCUCACAUACCUGCCCUGGACAGCCAUGUCCAGCCCCGCAGCGCUGAGUGGAUCACCUCUGCUCCAUGUGCCUCUGUCUGUGCCUUUCGCCACCAUGAUCCCUCAACUGGACCUCCGUGGGCCAAGUGCAGAAUCAUCAAUCCAAGAGCAGCCGAUGCUUUCUGGAACAGAGAGCCCAAGUGAGCGAGAAGUACCGGAGAUAAAGCAGGAGUCUCCCAGCCUUCUGGAUGCACUUUUGGAAGAACAAAAAUCAGAUAAUGAACAGCAUAAAGACAUGUACAGCAAUCCGAUCUAUGUGACACAUGUCUAA